UUGCUAAGGUAACAGUAAACAGCCUUGAAGUCAAGUUUUUCUUUGGGAGUGUUCCUUAUUAUCUGCUCGUUAAGCUCAGCUUUAUCAUGUCAGACGUUGGUUCUGAAGAGUUUGACGACGAGCGAGGCUCGCUGGGGGAAUAUGAGGGAGACAGAAAUGAAGCUGGAGAAAGACAUGGACAGGGCAAAGCUGUCCUGCCUAAUGGAGACACUUACCAAGGAGCAUAUGAAAAUGGCAAGAGAUCUGGCCAGGGCACAUAUAAGUUCAAGAAUGGGGCCAGAUACACUGGUGAAUGGUACAUGAAUUUAAAGCAUGGAGAGGGUACAUUUUAUUACCCAGAUGGUUCCAAAUAUGAAGGAAUGUGGGUGGAUGACCAGCGGCAGGGUCUUGGUGUUUACACAUACCCUAAUGGUGACACAUACAAUGGUGAAUGGCUGCACCAUCAAAGACAUGGGCAGGGUGCAUACACUUACCAUGACACAGGUUCUCAGUAUGUGGGCACGUGGAUCAUGGGUAAAAUGGAGUCAGCCGGUGAGCUCAUCGAUCUGAACCACAGAUAUCAAGGCAACUUUAUCAAUAAUAAUCCUUCUGGUCCAGGCAAGUAUGUGUUUGAAAUUGGUUGUGAGCAGCAUGGAGAGUAUCUCCAGAUAGAGCAGGUUAAAGGAGAUGCAGAAGAAGAAGAACCCGCAAUAACAACCAUUCUAAAAUGGAAACCCAAGGAAAUUACUGGGCUUUCUGUUUGGACUAAUGAGAGGGACUCAGGUCACACUGCGGUGGAGGAGUAAUAAGGAAAGACCUUCAAAGACCAUAAAGAGAGGAGAGUUGAGGUCCAGUUGAAUAAACCUGCAAUACAGUGAGACUGUGAGCUUUGUCUUGUGGAGAAAGUGGAGUAAUAGGAUCUGUCACAACCCUAAAAUAAGUAAUCAUGGUCCUGUGUCAGCCAGUUUACUUUGCAAUGAUAAUCGUCUGACUAUACAUUAUCAUGAUUAUUGUCAACACAUAAAUUCAUUCAUUAAAAAUGGUAAUCAGAUAUUGAUUUCAGUUUCCAUUAUUAUAUCAUGUGGGAAGAAUCAGUGUUGAGCUCUUUUGUAUUCGUAAUAGUAGCUGAUUAUAUGACGUAUCAUCUUUAUUAAAAAAUAUUCACUUUUAAUCUUAAAUAUAAGCGACGCAGUAGGUAGCACAUUUGCCUCACAGCAAGAAGGUCGCUGGUUUGAGCCUCGGCUGGGUCAAUUGUCGUUUCUGUGUGGAGUUUGCAUGUUCUCCCAGUGUUCACGUGGGUUUCCUCCGGGUGCUCCGGUUUCCUCCACAAGUCCAAAGACAUGUGGUAUAGGUGAAUUGGGUGAGCUAAAUUGUCCGUAGUGUAUGUGUGUGAUUGAGUGUGUAUGGGUGUUUCCCGGUGAUGGGUUGCAGCUGGAAGGGCAUCCGCUGCGUAAAAUAUGUGCUGGAUAAGUUGGCGGUUCAUUCUGCUGUGUCGACCCCAGAUUAAUAAAGGGACUUAAUAAAGGGAAGCCGAAAAGAAAAUUAAUGAAUGAACGAGUGAAUACUUGUUUAGAGAUCACAAAAUCAGCUUCACUAAUAGAAUA